AUGGCAGUGACAGAUCCGAUAGCGGAUAUGCUCACGCGCAUACGCAACGCGGUGAAUGCGCGUCAUGAGUCGGUAAAUAUACCGGCCUCGAAGCUGAAGGUCGAAUUGGCCAGAAUCCUGGCCGAGGAGGGCUUCAUCGAGAGCUACGACCUCGUCAGGUCGGGCACACCACAGGCCAACAUCAGAGUCAAGCUCCACUACAGGAGCCGCAGUGAGCCUGCGAUCGCGGGCUUGAAGCGGGUGAGCAAGCCGGGGCUCAGAGUCUAUGUAGGGAAGGGGGAGAUCCCCAGAUACUACGGAGGACUCGGAGUGGCUGUGAUGUCCACCUCACAGGGCGUAAUGACGGGGCGCCAGGCGUGGCGCAACGGCGUCGGCGGCGAGCUUCUUUGCUACGUGUGGUGA